GAAGCGGAAACCGGCGGCAAGCAAACCCAGUCCGGACCCAGAGCGGUGUGCUGCCGGACCUAGCAGGAGCUGCUAACCGCUCAUCUGACCACUUCUCAGAGCCACUGACAGCGUCUGACCGCCAGCCCGGCGUGAAAUGCUUCAUUUUGAACUCUACAUCAAGUAAUGCUGCUGUGACACAUCAUGACUUCACUAACUCUGAAUGGUGUAACUGUGAAUUUCCCUUUCACUCCGUACGACUGUCAGAAGGACUACAUGCGCAAAGUGAUAGAGUGUCUCCAGACGAAGGCGAACGGGGUUCUGGAGAGUCCUACCGGCACCGGGAAAACUCUGUGCCUGCUGUGUUCCACCCUGGCCUGGAGGGAGCACUUCAGGGACACCAUCUCUGCCCGCAAGAUAGCAGAGAGGCUGGGCAGUGAGGAGAUGUUCCCCAACACGCCUUUGUCCUCCUGGGGGACGGCUGCCACAGAUGGUGACACACCAGCUUACUACACAGAUGUUCCAAAGAUCAUAUAUGCAUCCAGGACACACUCUCAGCUUGCACAGGUUAUUAAUGAGCUAAAGAACACUUCAUACAGACCAAAGGUGUGUGUGCUGGGAUCAAGAGAACAGCUGUGUAUCAACCAGGAAGUUAUGCGUCAGGAGAGCAACCACAUCAAGGUCCAUAUGUGCAGAAGUAAAGUUUCCACCAGGUCAUGCGUCUUCUACAAUAACUGUGAAGAGAAGAGCAUUGACAAAGAGUUGGUGAAUUCUAUCCUCGAUGUGGAAGAUUUGGUUAAAUUUGGCAACAAACAGAGGGCCUGUCCUUACUACCUCUCCCGGUCCCUGAAACAGCAAGCGGAUAUCAUUUUCAUGCCAUACAACUACUUGCUGGAUCCAAAGAGCCGCAGGGCGCACAACAUCGAGCUAAACGGAGCUGUAAUCAUCUUUGAUGAGGCUCAUAAUGUGGAAAAGACAUGUGAAGAAUCAACGUCAUUUGACCUGACUCCGUAUGACAUAGCUUCAGCCAUUGAUGCUGUCAACAGGCUGCUUGUGGAGCAGGCUAAAGAUGUCAGCCAUGGAGACUCUGUCAGUGGGGACUUCAAUGUGGACUCUCUCAACUCUGGUUUAAAAAUUGAGAUAAGCGACAUUGCUAAAAUCAAACAGAUACUGCUGAAUCUGGAAGCUGCCAUCGAUUCCUAUGAUGUUCCCAGUGACAAAGGCAUCACUAAACCUGGAAGCUUCAUCUAUGAGCUGUUGGAGAGAGCCCAACUGACCUACAGCAGCAAGACUGCAGUGUGUGAGGCUCUGGACCAGAUCAUUGGACACUUAACAGGACAGCCGGGAGUGUUCCUGAACACAAGUGGACUGCAGAAGUUGGCUGACAUCUUACAGCUGGUGUUCUGUGGCGAACCAUCAGAAAAGGAGCAAGAACUGCAGAUGCAGUCCAACACAGCUCAUUUUAAGGUUCAUAUCCAUCAAGACACCAGUUAUAACAAGAAAAAACAGAGCGCUGAUGUGUGGUCUUCGUCUUCAUCAAAGAAACAAGGCAAUGUCCUGAGUUACUGGUGUUUCUCUCCUGGCUUCAGCAUGCAGGAUCUGGUCAGUCAAGGUGUUCGCUGCAUCAUUCUCACAAGUGGUACCCUCUCUCCCCUGUCUUCAUUCACUUCUGAGAUGAGAAUAGAGUUCAAAGUGAGUUUGGAGAAUAGUCAUGUGAUUGACCGGGACCAGAUCUUUGUGAGCGUCAUUGACAAAGGCCCAGAUGGAGUGCACUUAAGUUCAGCUUUUGACAGAAGGUUUGUUCCUGAAAACAUGGCAUCUUUGGGCAACACUGUUGCCAACCUGAGCCGUGUGGUUCCUCAUGGUCUGUUAGUGUUUUUUCCAUCUUUUCCUUUAAUGGAAAAAACCCUUGAGUUUUGGAGAGCUAAAGGACAUGCAGAUCGCAUUGAGACUGUAAAGCCCAUAUUUGUUGAGCCUAAAGGAAAGGGUACCUUUACUGAGGUCAUGGAUGGAUAUUACAGCAAGGUCAAUGAUCCUGCAUCCAAAGGGGGAACCUUCUUUGCUGUGUGUAGAGGGAAGGCUAGCGAGGGUCUGGAUUUUGCAAACACCUUUGGUCGAGGUGUCAUCAUCACCGGCCUGCCUUUCCCUCCCAGGAUGGACCCUCGUGUCAUCUUGAAGAUGCAGUUCUUGGAUGAGAUGAGUCGGAAGAAUACUUCGAAACUGAAGUACCUUUCUGGCCAGCAGUGGUACAGACAGCAGGCUUUCCGAGCUGUGAACCAGGCCAUCGGGAGAGUAAUCCGCCACAGGGAAGACUAUGGAGCCAUAUUCUUGUGUGAUCAGAGGUUUAAAAACUCUGAUGCUAGGGCUCAGCUUCCAUCCUGGGUCAGGCCUUAUGUGCGUCUGUAUGAUAGCUUUGGGAACGUGGUCCGUGAUGUCUCUCAGUUCUUCAGGGUCGCACAGAAAAUGAGGCCUGUGCUAGAGACGAAGGCUGUGGCAGAGAGCUGUGACACAUUGCGUCUACCAGACAUGCGGUCCUCUGGCUUCGCUUCCUGUUCAUUCUCCCAAAGCUCCAACACCCAGAAGGCCAAGGUGCUGGACGCCCAUCUUCCCAGCCUAAAGAGGAGGAGACUCAAUGAGCAAGCUGGAGCAAAUGGGAUGGCCAGAAUCUGUAUUGAGUAUGAGUGUGAGGUGAAGGAGAGUCAGAGAAGACCAGCCAACCUGCUAGAUGCUCUGGAGCAAGGUGACCACGGCAUGGGAGAGGAUGAUGAUGAUGAUGAUGCUGUCGUGGGAGAGGAGAAGGCAAACCGUUUGUCCACAUUGUCUCUUCAACAUGACAAAAGGAUGGAUGAUGAAAUGCGAGGAGGCAAACGUAAAAUUAGACUGGUCCAAGAACAGAAAAAGACCAGGUUAGAGGAAAAUAAAGACAGCAGGGCAAAGACUUUCCUGGCAGAGAUGAAGAAGUCACUGAGCCAGGUCACCUUUGAGGGCAUCGUACAGGCACUGCAGACCUACAAGAAGAGUGACGACCUGGACGUCCUGCUGACUAAAACCACUGUCUUAUCUGAGGACGCUAAUACUCACAGCCUGCUCCGGGGCCUCUACCAGUUUGUUCGUGCACAUCACAAGCAGAGGUUUGAUGAGAAAUGCCAGGAACUGACGGGCCAGGGCUGUGGAUACAAACCUGAUCACUCAUUGCCUAAGGACAAGAAGACAGCGCUCAAGCUGCAUGGAGCUACAGACAGUCAGGCAGCUGUGGCUCUAAAUUCCCCCAGCGGGACGUCUAACUGCACUCAGCUGAACACACAACAGCUCAACAAGGGGGGACGGCACCUAAACCAGCAAGGAUUAGGGGGACCUCAGACUGGCUCUGCUCCAAAGAGUGAAGUCCAUGCUGCCUUUCUGGCUGAUGUGAAAAAAGCUCUCGGCGCAGAAAAAUCAGCUCAACUCUUUCAGGCCAUUUAUAGCUACAAGAAAACCGACAACUAUGAAAACCUGGUGACCACAGUGGUGAGCUUGUUCACUGAGAGAGACGAGGACUUUAACCUUCUAGUCAGAUUUGGUGUGUUUAUUCGACCUCACCAUAAGAAGCAGUACAAAGACAUGUUAGAUUCUUUGGUCGGUCAGUCGGACUCUGCUGCUGAUGUUCCUGCUCCAAGUGAAGACCAGCAAAGACAUGUUUCACUGUCACCUACCUUGAAGACACAAAGCAAGAUUUCCAAUUUCUUCUCAAGCAGCCAAAGAAAGUAGAAUGUGAGUUACAGGAAAAUUGUGUGUGUAUUUAUACUGUUAUUGCUUACACAACCACACACAUGCUAAGAACAGCAAUGUGGCAAUGUAGCUGUGUGAACACUCAACACUGGGAUGGAUUGGAGAGUGAAUGAAUCGGCCAGGAUUAGUGUCCAACUACGCAGUGUUUCAAAGCAAACCAGGGUGAGCUCUAUGGCUCAUGAAGGCUACAUUCAGCUCAUGAGUCAGCACCUUCAACAUGAUCCUUGACUCUAUCGAGACCGACCCUCUCAGUGAUGAAGCAGAGAUGGAAAUGACAUGGCACAAGUGCUGUAAGAGCGUUGUAAUGCAAUUGUAAAUGAAACCUGUUAUGUAUUGAAUGAAUGUCAUGAAGAGUGAAAAUGUAAUAUGGAGGAAUAAAAUAUUUUGUAUUUUUUUU